GCGGCCGGGGAGGAGGAGGGAGCUGUCACUAAGCUAACGUGACCCACGAAGCGCUAAGCCCCGUGAACGCUCCAGCUUUGUCAACAUGCAUUUUAAUUUCACUCUUCACGUUGAUGCUUUCUUCGUAGCUUACUCAGAAGCGUGUUAACAUAUUUAAAUGGAAUUAUUUAACGAGCCCAGCUAGCCUCGCUGGCUUCUUCUUUCUCUCUCUCUCGCCGUUAGCCACAAUCAGAGAAGCUAACCAGAGCUAGCUUGUUAGCCUGUUAGCUCCAGCUGGCUCCGGGGGAAUAUGGCGAUUGUGUCUGGCUCCUGUGCCCGAGUUAACGGGUCUAGAAACGGGCCGUCUGUGUCCGCUACACCCUCUGGAUCUGCGGGGCAAGCUCAGCCCAUGAUUGCGGUGUGGGAAUGGCAGGAUGACCUGGGGCACUGGAGGCCGUACAGCGGCCAGGUGAGCGCACACAUCGAGCGGAGUCUGGCUCCGCGGGGCCAGAGAGGAGGGGGACCCGGCUCCACCAGCAUCUGCCUGGGACAGUCAGACCCCAGCCUGUCGCCUUAUCUCAUCGACAUACCGAGCUUGAAGCAGUUUCGACAGGACACAGGAAAGACCCGAUCAGUGCGCCGCUCCCUGUUUGCCCAGUCCUCAGGUCUGGGCAGUGGUGUUUACUGGGAAUGGGCCAACGACGAAGGCGGAUGGACUCCAUAUGAGACUCGAACCUCGAUCCUUUUAGAGCACAGCUAUCAGGCCCGACAAGGCACUGCAGACUUGGGCCCGCACGGAUAUAAUUAUAUUGUGGAUCUCACGUCUCUGGCCCAGGUGAACAAAGCCACCGGGUUCAGGCGGCAAGUUCGACGGCAGUGCAACCUCCCCUACCCGCUGGCCUCCUCUGGCCCCCCGGCGAUCCCCUCGGGUCCCACCUGCUCCUGUCAGCAGUGUUUGAGCCACAGCAGCACAGGACCCAUGCCGAGCCGCUCACGACACUCCUUUUCAUCCGGCAGCCUGAACCGGCCCAGUCUGCAAGGGACAGGAAGGGCUGUGGCAGCUCACCCUACUUCUGUCUACUCACCUUACCCCAGGAGACCCCUCUCUGUCGGGGGGAUGUCCUGGGGCAGCCCCUGGCCUCCACCGCCCUCUGGUAGUCAGCUGCCUCCGCCGCUUCUGAGCAGCUCCGCCAGUGCCAACGGGUUAAGUGUUCCUUCCAUCUCUGUGCAGCUGAACGGAUCGACCAGUGUGAGCUCCGCCCUGGCAGGCAUGGCCUCCAUUUUGAUGUCAGCAGUGGGACUCGGCGUGCACUUCACCUCUGCCCCCCUCCCUCAGCAGCAGCAUCAGCAGCAUCAGCAGCAUCAACAGCUACAGCUACAGCUACAGCAGCAUCAGCAGCAGCAACAGCCUGCUCCUUUCUCUCUUCCUCCUCCUCUCCUCCCCCCAGCCAGCAGGCCCAGCAAGCCCCCCAGCAGCAGCAGCAGCAGCAGCAGCAGUACAGUUAGGAGAGCAAAGAGGCAGCACAGGAGAGCCUCCUCUCAGCGACCGGAGGAGGUGAUUCAGCGGUACAUGGAGGUGGUGGCCGGAGUACCUGAUGAGGACUGCAUCAUCUGCAUGGAUCAACUGUCCAAUGCGUCCGGCUACGAGACAGCGGUCUCAGAAGAGGGGGGUCAGAGCAUCCUGCCCGCCACUGUGGGCAAAUUCAUCAAAUGUGGACACACCCUGCACAUGCUCUGCAUGCUGGCCAUGUACAACAACGGAACAAAGGACGGCAGCCUGCAGUGCCCCUCGUGUAAGACAAUCUACGGAGAGAAGACCGGCACGCAGCCCAAAGGAAAGAUGGAGAUUUACAGCGUGGCCCAGUCGCUGCCGGGACACCCGGACUGUGGGACCAUCCAGAUCAUCUACAGCAUACCGCCGGGCUUACAGGGUCCAGAGCAUCCAAACCCCGGGCAGCCGUUCACCUGCAGAGGCUUCCCUCGCUUCUGUUUCCUCCCGGACAACGACAAGGGCAGGAAGGUGCUCGAGCUGCUGAAGGUGGCGUGGAUGCGGCGCCUCAUCUUCAUCGUGGGAACCUCCAGCACCACCGGCGAGCCCGACACGGUGGUGUGGAACGGCAUCCACCACAAAACGGAGAUGAUGUCCAACCUUUCGGGCCACGGCUACCCCGACCCCAACUACCUGGACAAUGUGUUGUCGGAGCUGGCCUCUCAGGGCGUUAACGAGGACUGCCUCAAAGCUCCGGGCGGCGGCGGGGGCGGCGGCAGCAGCAGCUAGGUCACAGCUCCACACUCCUCCUCCUCUCGCUGCUGAAUUAACCCUUCAUAUUCCACCCUCUGCGGCCGGGUGGACCUCCUGCAACCCCCACUCCCCCACCGCCGCUGUUAUAACGUUAAUGUCAACAUCUGUCCAAAACCUCAUGGAGCGGACGUACGGGGGAAAAUGCGAGCAGAACGCAGAGUGCUUCAUGCUCCACUACAUUCCUGCUCCUCACAUAUUCCAGGAGACUGAACUCUGAGGCUCCUCUUAACCCCCCCGAGCCUCUUUUCAUCGGCCCCUCCACACACACACUGGAGAUGUCUUUGUGUUCGUUCUUUUUUCUUCAUCGAACGCCUCGUCUGUAUCCCCCUCGUCUAGUUUCCAUGACGAUGGCAGCUUUCAUCGGGGAUCAAAAAUCUCAUUAAGCACUUUAGUUGUGACCGUGCAUUUAGCUGACAUGAUGUGUGAUUUCUUUUUGUUUUAAAGGGCAGUUAACUUGUUUUCAGAAUUGGGAAAGUUAUGCAAUCGAAGUGGAAACCGUUUUUUUUUUGUGUGUGUUCGGCACAAAGACGCUGAAACUUCUCGUAGCAGAGGGAGUAUAUAUCAGCCGAUUCCACGAGACGGGGGGGGGUGGGGGAAUAACUGAAAUGAUGUAAAUAAAUAAAAACAAGAAACGAAAAUAUUGUAAAAAAAAAAAA